AUGGCACCAGAGGUCCUCUACCGCGUCAUCCACGGCAGUCCCACCCCAGAACCCUGGCAAAAAGACCGCGUGCGCUUCCAACCCGCCCUCCUCCACGGCUAUCGACGCCAUCGCGUCCGAAACGCAGAGUACCCAGGCAUCAUCGCCGAGCCAUCCGAUUCCGACCAGACCGCCGUUCUAGGCGUCCUCGUCUCCGGUCUAACCGAGGCGGAUAUGUACCGACUCGACCGGUACGAGGGCGCCGAAUACGUCAAACAGACGGUGCGAGUGCGCGCGCUUCGGACGGAAUCCCACGAGGAUGGCAAAGUCGUGUCAGGACACGAGUUGGUGAAGGAACUUGAUGCUGCGGGGGCGGGCACCGCGACUGAGGGGGAGGAAGUUGUUGCGACGACGUAUGUGUGGGUUGCGGGCAGGGAGCAACUGGAGGAGCGGGAAUGGGAUUUUGAGACGUUCAAGAGGGAGAAGUUGGAUUGGUGGGUUGCUAUGGACGAGAAAGAUUGGUAG